AGGAUCGUAUGUAAUUUAUCCUUGCAAAUCCCUUUUUAACACCUUAGAUAAAAAUUUCAACUUAGGCAAAAUUUAUUGUUUAUUUUUCACAUUUUGUGUCAACCUUUGGCAGGGUUUGCAAUAAACUAACUGAUUUUAACAUAUACAAUGAGAGGGAUUUGUGUUUGACAUUGAUCAGCUUUUUUGUAUAUAUGUGGCGUUUUGAGUGAUUUAAAUUUUAUGGGUGAGAUGUAUGUUGAAAUGCUUUUAAAAACUUUUUUCCGAAUAAUUUUCGCAUUUGUCAGAUGGUCAGAGCAAGUAAUUUUAGUAGAUUUAGAUUUUAAAUGUCACAUAAAUACUACAGUUGUUAAAAACCUUUAUUUUUUUGGUCAUUUUUAUAAUAAUGCAGAUGUAAGAUGCGCACUGCUGUAUUGUUUGUUUUUUGAUGGACAUAUAUCUGCUACAUAAAUUAAAUGGAAUACAGUGGAUUCUUCCACGGGAAACAGCUAGUGUAAAUUAAACUAUUGACAUUAACUUACUGAUUGACGUCAUGACGCUUGAAUUGUCAAUCAACAUUUAAAAAUCCAUUUUUCAGCAACUUGAAAAUAAAUUAAACACAUCCACUAUGUCUGUUACCGACAGAAACACAGGACUGGCCUAUUAAUAUAGAGCGAUCAGAAUAGGCAUUGUUUUCCUAUUCUACAUAUAUCUCUUUCGAUAACAUAAACAACUAUUAAAGAAUUUAAGGAAUCAAUUAUAUUUAUUGCUAAACGAAACAACGUAUUAGCAACGUAAAUAGAUAACAAAGAUAUCAACGAUUUAUCUUGUAUUAAAUAUUUCUUUAGAAAAAUUUACACUUACAAACCUACAUUCUCUGUCUUUUAGAUAUGACUCUGGAAAAUUUUGUAACCUCAUGUCAACUAUGGCUCAGAUUAGCCAUGUUUAUUUUGGGACCGCUCAGAAGUGCAUUGUUGGAUGUUCUUCACAACAAUGGUGUGCCGAAACAACCAACAGAUUUAUAUAUCUUGUUAAAUUCGAAAAAAAAUAAACUUAAAAAGUUAAAGAAGAUAGGAGUGAUUACACGACCGCAAUGGGAACUGUUAUAUCCACCUGGUAAAAGUGAAACAGAUUGUAACCUCUUUGAUAUCACGUUGAUUGUAUUGCUUAUUGAAGCAUUGACAUCAAUUGCACCUGAUGAUGGAAAUUGGCGAAAUGAUAAUCCCCCGGAUACAGACACAUCUGUAGGAGCAUUUUGCAUCAGAGCAAGAAAUAUGCGAAACUACCUUAAUCACUUUGCUGAUAUAACAGCCCUAAAUGGUUCAGAAUUUUCACUCAAAUGGAGUGAACUGCUUAAGAUAUUACGUGGCUUAAACUAUAACCAUCCUUUUGACGUUAAUGAUCUAAAAACAGCAAGUUUAGAUCUUCAAAACAAUUUAGUAUUACGAUCAAUUGUUUUGGACCAUCAAAUUAAACUACAUGGAUUAAAAAAUAGCAAUAUGUCACUUAAAAAUCAAAUAACGACGAACGUCACCAACUUGGAGGGAAAGUUAUUACGCAUGCAAAAUGAGUUAUGGAGUAAUUCCCUUGUAAGUGACGAUCUUCUAACACAGAUGGAGCAAACUCACAUGACUAUAACACAUAUGCAAAAUGAUAUUAAAUCUAUGAAAGAAGAUGUAAAAGGUUUAUCCGAUCGCACUGAACUUUUGGAAGACGAUGUGUGUAAAUUAAAAGGCCAGCAGCAACAUCAGUAUAAUGAUUUAUCUAAUCGCACAGACGUUUUAGAAGGAGAUAUGUGCAAAUUGAAAGACGUUCAAAGCCAGCGUAAAGCAAACAAAGUUGAUUUUAACAACCUAACCAGUGUUCCUGCUUUAAAUGUUGUUGCAAAAAUGAUUGGAGAUAAUUGGAAGGAUUUGAGUAAGAGGCUUGGAAUACCACAAAAUGAUAAUGCGGCAGAAACAACUGAAAGCAAGAUGAAGGAAUGUUUUGAACAAGCAGAAAAUCGCGUUUAUUGGAAAGAAUUAAAAUUUGAGCUUGAGAUGCUACAACGACAAGAUAUCAUUAAUGAAAUCACUUCGAAAACAUCAUGUACAUAUGGCUUAGAAAAAUAUUCCGAUCAGUUAAGGGACCAUUACAAGAAAACGUUGUCACAUUGGAAUAUUCCCUCUGCAUUUAAGUCAGAUUCUGGAAGAAAACACACAACAAAAGAACGCAAGGAAGCUUAUGUUGAUUUGAUAGUUGGUCCAUGGAAUGAAGCGUAUUCCACUGAUCAUGAACAUUUUUUAAAAUCACAUUCUUCUUUAAAAGAAAAAAUAGAAAUGAAGGAUAUUGUGAAAGAAAGCGAUGGAUGUGUUUUAAUUAGAGGUAUUGCUGGCAUUGGAAAGACAUCACUUAUUGAUCAACUUGUUUUUCAGUGGGCAGAUGGUAAAAUGUUGAAUGAUUUCGAUUUUGUUUUCAAAUUUACAUGUCGUCAAAUAAACACAAUAACCAAUACUUCCACAUGGGAAGAACUUGUCAAAAGAUUUUUCCCCAAUGUUUAUCAAGAUUUCUUUAAUGAGUUGCUUGAAAAUAGUAGAAGAGUUUUAAUAAUCGUAGACGGUAUUGACGAAUUUCGAUACCUUGAUGACAUCAAAGAAAUUGCUGCGGGGAAUCCUAUGCACGAACUUGGGUCUAUCAUGCACGAUAUCAUAUUAGAAAGUUCUUCACUACUGCCCAAUAGCAAGGUGCUUGUAUGCGGUCGACCGCAAGCAUGUGAUAUAAUCAAAAAUUUAUUUCUGACAAGUCAGCAACCAAAAUUGAUAGAAGUUUCUGGUUUUGAUGAAAACAGCAUCGGUAUUUACGUCAAAAAGUUUUUUGAAAACAACACAGAAAAGAUUAAAUCAUUGCAUGUAUCACUUAAUGAAAUCUCAAAUCUUAAGGCGAUGGCUCACAUACCCGUUUAUUUGCAUACCAUAUGCAAUGUGUACGCAUCUGAAAAGAAACUGGAGGAUCUUAACACAACUACAAAAUUAAACAUCGCAGCCUGUUUGGUAUUUUUGCGUGAUCAUAUGAGGGAAUUUAAAGGCAAGAACUAUGCUCUAGCCAAAUUAUCACAAGAUCAAAAUAUACAACAAAUGGUUAGAAAAGCAUCACAAUUUGCUUAUAAAUCGCUUCAAGAAAAAAGAAUAUUUUUCACCCAAGAUGAGUUUGAAGAUGACUGUAGCGACUGUUUAACAGCUAUCGAACAGUCAGGUAUUAUCGAGAAAGUAGAAGGUAAUGAUGAUGGAGACUUUUUUCAGUUUAAACAUUUAAUUUUGCAAGAAUUCUUAAGCUCUGUCCAUAUCUUUCAUGCUGCAAUAGAUAUAAAGGUAUGCAUUUCAGAAUUUGAGAAUAUGCGUAAUUGCCUUCCAUUGGUUGCUGGAUUGCGUGGAAUACUUGAGGAUACCUAUCACGGCCCCAAUUAUAUUAAACGGUUUGUUGAAGAUAUUAGAGGACCACGUGAUCUUUGUUCAGUGGAAGGCUUGUUCGAAGAUAUGGAUCAGGAAUUAUAUUUACAGACAUUUUUUGAAUAUCAUAACAAUAACGUUGAUGAUGUAGUAAAAGAAUCAUUUUUCAAUAUAAACAAAGCUUUUGUAUUUGUUCGCUACCAUCAUCUUUUAAAUCAAUUCAUUUAUUUUUUAAAAACAAUUAAAAAAGUAGUACCAAAAAAACUAACACUUACUAUUAAGAUGUUGGAUGGUGAGUUAUUACCGAAUGAAAUGGUUGAAUUGUCACCACUACUCAGUUCUUCCGUUGUUACUACUGAGCAUCUUAAAAUCCUUGACACACAUUUAACCAUCGACGAUAUUUUUUCGAUAUUAACAGACAAAAUCAAGCUAGAAAAAAUAACUUUAAAUAAUUGCAAAUUAACCGAUGAUCACAUCAAACAUUUACAAUCAUGUAUACCUUGUUUAAAAAGUUUGGAUCUUAGUAACAACAACACUAUGACGCCGACCUCGAUGAAAUGUAUAUCAAAAUGUGUUACAGAAGCAUUUAAUAAAAAUACUAACAAGCUUGAAGAAUUGGCGUUACAUAAUUGCUUAUUAACCGAUGAUCAUAUCACACAAUUACAAUCAUGUAUACCUUGUUUAAAAAGUUUGAAUCUUAGUAACAACAACACUAUGACGCCGACCUCGAUGGAAUCCAUAUGGGAAUGUGUUACAGAAGCGGCUAAUAACAAGCUAGAAAAAUUGAAUUUACGUUAUUGCGAAUUAACCGAUGAUCACAUCAAACAUUUACAAUCAUGUAUACCUUGUUUAAAAAGUUUGGAUCUUACUGGCAACAAUACUAUGACGCCGACCUCGAUGGAAUCCAUAUCGGAAUGUGUUACAGAAGCGGCUAAUAGAAAUACUAACAAGCUUGAAGAAUUGAAUUUAAGUGCUUGCAAAUUAACCGAUGAUCACAUCAAACAUUUACAAUCAUGUAUACCUUGUUUAAAAAGUUUGGAUCUUACUGGCAACAAAUCUAUGACGCCGACCUCGAUGGAAUUCAUAUCGGAAUGUGUUACAGAAGCGGCUAAUAGAAAUACUAACAACCUAGAAAAAUUAAAGUUAGAUUAUCGCUACUUGAACAAUGAUUAUAUCAAACAAUUGCAGCCGUGCAUACCAUAUUUGAAAAGUUACUAGGAGUUUGUGUCGACCUCAAUGUAAUGCAUACCAAUAAAUUUAGUACAGAAGCCUUCAAUAAUCAUACUAAAACUACUAGACUUUUAAAAAUGGACAUAACAGAUGAUCAUAUCAACGAAUUGUUACAGUGAAAACCUUAUUUAAAAAGUUUGAAUUUAUCUUACAUACUUAUAACAUCAACCUCGGCGAAACUGUUAGAAAAGCCUAAAAACAAGAACUUACAAGUCAGAAUAAUGUAAAAAGGAUAUGGUAUAAAUUGUGUAAAGUUUUAAUUCUGAAUAAAGUUUUUUUCUUAUAUUACCUCUACAGAGUGCGUGCGAAUUAGGUGUGUCCAAUAUACGUUUGCUAGAUUUAAACAUGCGCAAAAAUUUAUGAUUGCGGUAUUUAGACAUCUCUUGCUAGUUUUUGUAUGACCAAAUUGCUAUUAUUUUUUAUUUGGAUUAAAAAAACUGAAAUAAAAUUUAAAAGAGUUUCUUCCUCUAAUGUAUCACUGUGGGUUGAGUGUUAAAGCUAACAAGACGAAUAAUAUACGUAAACUAAAUCGCCAGAUCGUAUAGGCCUGUAUUGGUUGGAUCAGAAAAAGGUUCCAGAUGAAAACACGUUAUUGUCACAGUCGCAUAUUAGGAAUGCUUUUUUUAUUGUUGUACUCAUACAUUACAUAAGAUUGUAGUCGCUACAAUUCAUAUCUGUUUCUGUUUCUUUUCGAAAGCGACCUCUAUUGUCCCUAUGAAAAAAGGCUCUAGGUACGAGGUUUAUUUUCGUAAUUUUCUCAUGUUUCACCGAGGCUUAAGUAUUGCAAAAAAUUGCAGGUCAUGUUGAAAUUAUUUAUGCCGUUGUUCUGAUGAUAAAGGUGAUAAAUACCGAUGGCAUUGUGAACGUAGGUGAUAACUUUGUGACUUUUGAUUCCCAAAAUAGUUAAUUUAUGUGUUAUGUAAUUAUUAAAUGACUCCCUAUCUAUACAAUAUAUAACACAUUUAAGAAAAAUAAUAGAUUAGUCUCUCUCUUGGGUCAGGCGUUACAUUGCUAGUUCCUUUCUUGAUCUUAGCUGGUUAAUUUCUUUAUUUUACCAACACAGUUCGGGAAAUUAUAUUAUAUUUAAACACAUCAUAUAUUUUUUUAAACGUAGAACAUAUUUCUUCUUGGAAAACUUUUGUCAUAGUUCAACUGGGAAAGUUGCUAGCUUAGGGAAGGAAGAUAUAAGGACUAAUUUUGAUCUAAAUUUAAACCCAGUAUUAUUAACUGGGUUGCUUAUAAAAAAUUAGUCAGCCAACAUUUAUAAGAUAUUAAAAACAUAUUCAUUGAUUAUUUAUAGUAACUAAUAUACUGGUUAUGAAAAGCAGCCUGUACAAAGGUCUUGUUUAGCCGUCAAUUUAGCGUGGCUGAUAAGCACAUCUUGUCCCGUAACAGAAUAGUCAACGUGCAGCCGAACCCUUGAAAUGUGUGGCCGAACUUUUGAAAUGAGUGGCCGAACGGCAUAACACUCGGCCGAACAUUUUGAUGUUCGGCCGCACAUCUGCACGUCCGCAAGUCCGAACGUUUCAAAUUAUAAAUGUUCGACCGAACAUCUCAGAGAAUCUGGUCUGUAUAUUUACUUAGCUUUAAAAGUCAAGCCGGGUCUAUGUGAAGUGUUUAAACGUUCUACGCCUUACGGAUCGAGUCUCAUCAAAGUCUGUCGAACAAGUUCUCCAGAAACAUUGGUGUUAUAUUUUAAACGUAUCAAUUCCGACAUUUGUCUCUUGUCUGUAGCCAAUAUCUGUUUUUGUGUUUAAUUCAAGUACAACAACAUCCUCCAAUUCCUUAGCAUUGAUAUUUUGCUUUCGAUUUAACCUACCCAUUCCUUCGACAGAUUUCCAGAGAGUUUUUUUUGCUUAAUGGAACAUUAUGGUGCUUGUUUAUUAUACUACAUAUCUCUCUGUACUUUAGUUUCGGUUUUAUGUCAUGAUAAUAUUUUAUCAAAGAAAAAAGAUCAAUUCGUGUGUCUUUAGGCAGAAGUACUUCCAUC